CUGGACCCUACCUGCACUGUUUGUUGUACAAAUAACAUUCUAGUACGUGGUGAUCAAAAAGAGAAAAAGUCCACUAAACUGUACUUCUGGCUUUUUCUUCUGUCUGCUAUUUCUGGUCCUGACAGUGAAAGAAGAUGGGGUCUGGCUGCCUAAAAGUCACCAAGUACUUCCUCUUCCUCUUCAAUCUCCUGUUCCUUAUUCUGGGCGCUGUGAUCCUGGGUUUUGGAAUAUGGAUUCUGGCCGACAAAACCAGUUUCAUUGCGGUUCUACAGAUGUCAUCUCCCUCCCUGAAGACUGGUGCAUACAUCCUCAUCGGUGUUGGGGCUCUUACCAUGCUGAUGGGGUUCCUGGGUUGUCUUGGAGCAGUCAAUGAAAUCCGAUGUCUCUUGGGUCUGUACUUCACCUGCCUGAUGGUAAUCCUUAUAACUCAGGUUGCUGCUGGACUGGUCAUCUACUUCCAGAAAGAAACGCUGAAAGAAGAGUUGUCCCGCAUAGUUGGAAGUCUGAUUGAAAAUUAUGACCCUUCGAAUGAUGAUGAGAGGAACUUACAAGAUGCAUGGGACUAUGUGCAAACACAGAUCUCUUGCUGUGGCUGGGCUGGAGCAAAGGACUGGGAAAGUAAUAAGAUCCUUAUCAACAAAAGCAUGACUGAGUAUCCCUGCUCCUGCUCCAAUAGCUCCAAGGACUUUCAGGUAGAUACCGGUUUCUGUAAUCUGGAUGUCCCUGUCAACGGUACUGCAACGUAUGCCGACUGGCCUGUUCAUGAGCAGGGAUGCAUGGAUAGUGUAGAGAAGUGGUUGAAGGACAACCUUGGUGUCAUUCUUGGGGUCUGCACUGGUGUUGCUGUUAUAGAGCUGCUGGGGAUGAUACUGUCCAUUUCGCUCUGCAAGAACAUACACAGUGAAGAUUACACCAAAGUGCCCAAGUCUUGAGUUGGCUGACUCCAGAGCUACGGCACCACAGAGAAAGGAGCAAACAGAACAUUCCUGCCUCAUACCCAGACUGUCCAACCAUUGACCAUUACUCCUGUGACAUCCCAUUUCUGAUACCACUCUGCUAAGAACUGUUAGAGCUGCAAUACAGCCUGAUCUUCUGGCAAUAGGGCCCUUGGGCCAUCUGCAUCCUGCCUCUGGAUUAUUUCUACUUCAAGAAGCAGAACUUAACUGUCUCGUAUCAGAUGAGACACCGAUUAACCUGAGGGGACAAUGCUUUUGCUGCCUGCUCCAUGUUAAACAAUACUAUUCAUAUCUCCAUUCUACAACCCACUGGGCCUAACAUACAAUAACUCCUCUCCCCGCUCAUUCUCCUCCCACACAUCUUUCUCUCUACCCCCAGAAGUCCCAUCUCUUUGUCCUAUGAGCCAGGAUUGCUGUUGAGAUUCCAGUGCUUCUGUAGCUUCAUCUGCUUCACUGAUUUGUGGUGGUAACUAGUCGUGCUUUAUAGGCCUUCUCCUCCUUUGUGGUUAACCUGAUUCAGCUCCUACUAUGCAUCUUCCAGCCUAGGCUCUCAUCUGAAAAAUCGAGUGCUACCCUCAUACUUGCUUCUCCUGCUUCUGGAGUCAGCUAUGCCUUGUCUUCAGUGGAGCUCUUUCCUUUGAGCCUGAUGAGAAGCCACCAGGAGAGAGCCAAGCCUACCUAUUCCUAGUGUGGCCUGGCAGAUUGUGGCGGUGGUGCUCAGCUGCUUCUGGAAUGGGUCCCUUGGGUUCUGGAUUUGACACUUACAUGUUUUUCCCACUUGCCUCUUUACCUCUUCCUCUCCCCCUAGCACUGCUUUGCUGGCUCCUGUCAGCUUGGAGGCACUUCAGAGACUGUUGCAUAGCGUGGACUCAGCCCCAGGCUGAGUCUGCUGGUUGCAUUCUUGGGUUGCCAACUUUUAUAGAGGUUACGAUUAACAUGAUUCUUCCCCUGCCCCCUUUAUGAACAUAAAAUUUGUUAGCUCUGGUUUUUAACUAUGAAUAUGGAGGGAUCUGACUGGAUUGCUGACGCUGUAUAUUGGAGACAUCACUGCUACCAGUGUCCCGUUUAGGUUCCGUAGUUUGGAUGCAAGGAUAAGUUGCUUUUAUUUCAGUUGUCCAGUCUUCUGACUCCACUGUGGUCUGGAGCCAUGGCUGCAUCCUGAGCUCUGUCUCAAGUGUAAGCACUGCAGCAGAUAAGUAGCUGGUUUAGCAGUUCCGCAGGCUGGGUGGUUUCUGUACUUAAUGGCUGGGCUGUUAGCUCUAUUCAGCCAGUGGCCAGCAGCAAGGAGUGGUGUAGAGCAGAAGUAAGUAGGAAAUGUAUGUGGAAAAACUGCCCCAGCUUCUUAGAUAAGGGAGCUGGGUGCAAAUCCUCAGUCUUAAAAGUGGCUUGGGCACAAGAGAUUUCCUGCAGUUGCACGUGCGUGCAGUCACCCUGACAGCAGGAAGCUGUAAGAGAGAGAAGUGGAUGGUCCUUGCCUGAGACCUGACACAAGGUACUUGGUGAGAGAGCCUUUGCCUUAGAGAGGUGGUCCCGGGACUGUCUCUUGUCAGGGGUGGGCUUGGUAGAAAUAUCCCUAGUAGGAGUUCCAGGGGAUGGCUUCACUACCUACUUGGUUUUCCUUCUGGGAAGAAAGGCUCGUGCCGGGGAUCAGGGCCCCGGCAGUGGGUCCCUGCUCUGUCCUUAUCUCUGGACACAGCAGUGAUUGGGGAGAGUAAAUAUGACUGGGCAACUGGUUUUUAUAGAGGUCUGUUAAGGCUUUGCUAUUUUGAGACACCUGCCCCCUCCUGCACAGAUCCUUCAAGCUGACCUUUGCUAUAGCAGAAGGCACCCUUCUUAGCAGUAAAGCUUGCUAGCUUUUGUAGCACAAAGUCUAUUCUCUAAUGUGUUCUUAUUUGUAAGAUUCUUGUUCAGUUACAGAUGCCAAUGCUGAGCAGCAAGUAAGAAGGAACCCAUGCUGGGUUUCCUUUCUGGUUUUUGUCUGUUUUUAGCAACAUCUUCCUACUGGAAGAAAUGCAUGUACAGAUAUAAAAGUCUAGAGGGUGAAUAUUUCUGUAAUAAAGACUUUGCUAAAAAAAUGUA